AUGGCAUCCAAGAACUUUGCACGAACCCUGCGCACUGCUUCCAAGCAGAAAAUCAGCGCCCCCGCCGUGCAGAGACGGUCCAUUGCUACCGCUCUUGCGACCAGGCCUGUCGUCGCCGCAGCACAGCGCCCUGCGUUCGCAGCUCCCGCUCAGCAGCAGAAGCGUGGUGUCAAGACCAUUGACUUUGCCGGCACCAAGGAGACCGUCUUCGAACGGGAAGAUUGGCCGCGUGAGAAGCUUCUUGACUACUUCAAGAAUGACACUCUCGCAUUGAUCGGCUAUGGCUCUCAGGGUCACGGCCAGGGCCUCAACCUCCGGGACAACGGCUUGAACGUCAUCAUCGGUGUCCGCAAGAACGGCGCAUCGUGGAAAGAGGCGGAACAGGAUGGCUGGAUUCCCGGCAAGAACUUGUUCGAGGUGGACGAGGCCAUUGACCGUGGCACCAUCAUUAUGAAUCUGCUCAGUGACGCUGCGCAGAGCGAGACCUGGCCAGCCAUCAAGCCCAAAUUGACAAAGGGCAAGACCCUGUAUUUCUCCCACGGUUUCUCCCCGGUCUUCAAAGACCUCACCAAAGUCGACGUGCCCAAGGACAUCGAUGUCAUCCUCGUCGCCCCCAAGGGCUCCGGAAGAACAGUGCGAAGCUUGUUCCGUGAGGGCCGGGGUAUCAACUCCUCUGUCGCCGUCUACCAGGACGUGACAGGCAAGGCUGAAGAGAAGGCCAUCGCCCUCGGUGUCGCGAUUGGCAGCGGCUACCUCUACAAGACCACCUUCGAGAAGGAAGUCUACUCCGACCUCUACGGUGAGCGAGGAUGCCUGAUGGGCGGUAUCCACGGCAUGUUCCUCGCCCAGUAUGAGGUGCUCCGUGAACGCGGCCAUUCGCCAUCCGAGGCGUUCAACGAAACGGUCGAGGAAGCCACUCAGUCCUUGUAUCCCCUCAUUGGUGCCAACGGCAUGGACUGGAUGUACGCAGCCUGCUCCACCACCGCCCGUCGCGGUGCCAUUGACUGGUCGAGCAAGUUCAAGGACACCCUCAAGCCCUUGUUCAACCAGCUCUACGACAGCGUGAGAGAUGGCACCGAGACGAAGCGCAGCUUGGAGUUCAACAGCGCCCCCGACUACAGAGAAAAGUACGAGAAGGAGAUGCAGGAUAUCCGGGAUCUGGAGAUCUGGCGUGCCGGCAAGGCCGUUCGCUCCCUCCGCCCUGAAAACCAGUGA